AUGUGCGACUGUGGCGGCGGGGACGUGGUCGUUUCUGCCGAGCGGCGGCAGAGCGCGUACGGCAUGAUGUCCGUGGACGAUGCUGCCGAUAUAGUGUUGCAGGAAUCGCUGCCACUGGACGUUCUGCGCUUGGAGGCCCACGAAGCUGACGGCUUUGUGCUGGCCGAGUCUGUGCGCAGCACCGAAGCGUUACCGCCGUUUCGAGCGAGUUCUAUGGAUGGAUACGCAGUCAUUGCUGCGGAUGGAGAAGGGACUUUUUCAGUUGUGGAACGUAUUGCAGCGGGGGACACGCCCCUGAGGACACUUGAACCUGGACAAGUGUCGUACGUCGCGACGGGAUGCCCAGUUCCAGACGGGGCCGAUGCAGUCGUGAAAAUUGAAGACACGAGCAGUGGAGACGACCAUGAGGCGAAGACUGAAGUGGCCGUGACGAUUUUGAAGGCUGCGAAGGCAGGCCAGAACAUCCGUCCAAUUGGAUCGGAUAUUUGCCCUGGUGAAGUGCUCGUUAACGGUCGCGCACUCAUUUCUGCUGCUGAGAUUGGACUGCUAGCAACGGCGGGAAUUACGGAAGUUGUGGCCCAUCGGAAACCUGUUGUUGGCGUUCUCUCAACGGGUAGCGAGCUUGUUGAAUCGUUUCAGGGGGAAACGACGCCUGGCAAAAUACGAGAUAGCAAUCGCCCAAUGCUGCUAGCACUAAUCCGUGGGUGGGGUGCCAAGACGCUGCAAUUGGGAGUGUGUAGCGACAGGAAAGAGGAGUUGAAAGAAGUGGUUUUGAAGGCGCUCGAGAAGGUGGAUGUACUAGUCGCGAGCGGUGGUGUGAGCAUGGGAGAGCACGAUUACGUGAAACCUCUUCUAGAAGAGCUCGGCACUGUCCACUUUGGGCGGUUGUUGAUGAAGCCUGGCAAGCCAACAACGUUUGCGACGCUGGAUGUGAGGGGCAAAAAGAAGCUGGUAUUUGCUCUUCCUGGUAAUCCCGUGAGCGCUUUUACGACAUGUCAUUUGCUGGUUCGUCCAGCGCUGCAACGACUUCGUGGACUUCCACUCGCAAAGUGUCGCAACGCAACAGUCUCCGCCGUACUGACGCACUCAAUUAAGCUGGAUGCAGACCGCCCUGAGUUUCAUCGUGCUUGCUUGAUGUGGGACAGCAAAGAGCAUAAAUUUCUAGCCACUAGUACCGGUCGCCAAAUCAGUUCGCGUCUACUAAGCUGCCGCAAUGCCAAUGCUUUACUUUGUCUACCGACGGGUACUGAAGCACCUGAAGGCCAUGUUGUUCCAGCUUUGAUGCUUGACAGCACCUUUGGCAAUGCCACGGAUGUUAUAGCAGCCAUGUCCACCCCCAUCCAGAAUGCUGAAUCGUCAUUCCAAACAGCUGCGUCAGAAAAGUACAACGCGCCGGACAGGAUCUUUCGUGCAGGACUGUUAACGAUAAGUGAUCGUGUGCAUGCUGGUACUGUAAGAGACAUGAGCGGGCCGGCGAUGGCGGGUGUGCUUCGUCAAGUUGACAAGGUCCAGAUAGAGGUGGUGUCUGCCAAGGUCGUGCCUGAUGAAGUCGAUCAGAUUCAAGCUGUGGUGAAGGAGUGGUCCGACACUGAUCUUGUCGACCUGAUCCUCACUUCCGGUGGCACAGGCCUGAGCCCUCGCGAUGUUACGCCAGAAGCAGUCAAGGCAGUGCUGGACAAAGAAAUUCCAGGCUUUCCUAUAAAGAUGCUCGAAAGCUCGCUCAAGAUUACAGCGAAAGCCGUGCUGUCUCGUCCUGUGGCAGGCAUUCGGAAAAAGACGCUCAUUGUGACUCUGCCGGGGAAACCGAAAGCUGUUGUCGAAAACUUUUCUGCAAUUGCAGAAGUGCUGCCUCAUGCGCUUCAUUUGGUUCGAGAUUUGGCGCACGAACAUCACCGCGGGAGUUCGAGCUGA